AUGUCGACCUUCAGUUCAGUCGUGCGAAAGCCAGGGCAGAAGAUAGUCCCCAAGGGUCCCAGAAAGAAUGUCCAAAGAAAUGCUCUCCGACAUGCUGCACCGCCAUCCCUGACGCCGGAGAGCCAGACUGUGAGUCCUGCUGUUGAACUUGUUGACGAACCAGUUCAAGGUCAAGAACGGGAGCCGCAGCUAGAAGCGGAGACAACUCAGGUGUCCAGCGAAAUACCUUCCGUUGCCAGUUCAAUAGAUACAGCAGGAGUGCCCUUCAAUACACCGCCUCAGAGCGAAGAAGCAGUGAUCGAAAGAGUCCCUUCAACCUCCGUUGAAGUUAUUGUUCCGAUUCAAACAAGUCACGAAAUCGAAAUCAUCCAUUCCACCAGCGUAAGCCAGAUUCGUCCCCAACAAAGUGUCAUUCCCUCGAUUUCAGUUUCGAUCCCUUCGUCUGUUCGCCAGAAACGAAGAGCUACCCAUGAGCCAACCUCUCCAGCAUCAGAAGACCUUGCUCAAGAAAGAGAAAGCCCGGAUACUUCUAGAAAGCGGCAGAAGACUACUCACACAGUCGAGGAUCUGAGAGACUCAGAAUCACAUACCCCUCCCCCCCUCGAUUCCACGCCACCAGUAGUGAGGACCAGCCCGCGAGCUAGGCGGAGCGAGUCACGUACAUCGGACGCGUUACUACAAGAUGCGACAACCCAAGCAGCCGCAGUAUCAGAACUUGCAAACUCUAUUGAGAACAGAGCAAGAUCGCACCAGCCGCGCUCAGCGCGUCGAUCGGUAUCGCAGGCAGCAGAGACAGAAGAGAAUGCGGUUGAAGAUGCUCCGCAACCCAGAACGAAUCGUUCAAAGAAAAAGUCACAAUCGAAAAGGAUACAAGAGCUGGCCCAACAAGUCGUGGAAGAUGCCGUUCGUGGAAGCACAGACGAAACAAGCCGUCGUCGUUCUCGCCUUGCUACUCCGGACAAUGCUGAAGAACUAGAAAUAGACCCGCAGGAGGUCUCGAUGGCAGACCUCGUCAAGGAUAACAAAAUAGGCAAGAAAUCAGACACGGAGAAGCGAAUGCAGGAGAACUGGCCGGAGAUCAAAAAGCGACGCAAGGAGGAGGUUGAGAAGCGACGCGAAGCUGCUCUGGGGGGAAAGAACGCCUCGACUAACGAGGAAGAACACGAGGGAGCACAGGAAGCGGCUGUUCCCAAGCAGAUCAUUGUCAACGGACAAAUUGUGGUGGCAGCCGAGUCUCGAGAGGUCGCAUUCGGCGCAGGCGUUGAAGAAGCGGUGAUCCACGACGCAAAUGUUGCACUCGAGGAUGACCGGAUUUACAAGUACGUUACACAGGGUACAUUGGGGAAGAAUGCAGGUCGAGUGCGCCCGAGCCGUUGGGAUGAAGAUCAAACCAACCUCUUCUUCAAAGGUCUACGCAUGUUCGGCACAGAUUUCAGCAUGGUUGCGAAUCUCUUCCCAGAAGGCGUUGACCGGCGCAUGAUUAAGAAGAAAUACUUGAUCGAGCUAGAGACGGAUCCGGAGAGAGUCGAGACGUGUGUUGCCGCCAAAGAAACUGUGAGCAUUGAGGAAUACCAGGCGAUGACAAACCAGGAGUUUGAGGACCCGGAAAAGGUAAUGAAGGAGCUGGAGGAACAAGAGCGAAGACUGAGGGAAGAGGAUGAGAAAAGAAAAGCAGACCAGGGAUUUGUUGAUCAUAAUGUGGGAGCGGACGUGCCGUUGCCAUCUACGGAGAGGGAUGAGGCAGGUAUCGACGAAAUUUCGAUGGCAGGCCAAGGAGAGCAGGCCUCUGCGGAUGCACACUUGGCUACGCCAGAAGCCACAAGACGGGUAACUCAGGCACCAAGCAUGGAUCGAAUCGAGCGGAUCUCAGCUUUGGCGGAGAGGGUCGUCCAGGCCACUGUGAAUCCCAAGAAGAAACCGCGGCGUCAAACAAAGGAGUCAGCUGGGGCUGGUCGUGGUGGCAGACAGCCUAAAAAGGGACGGAGAGCGGUUGAAGGUGUUGAGGAGAGAAUUGGACCUAUUGACGAGGUUGAUCAGUGA